AUGCCCGCCUACAGCGAAUCCGCAGAAGAUGCUACAGAUAGUCUGCCAUAUUUGCAGCGCAAUCGAUCCUCUCUGUCAGAGACGGUGAGGAGGAUUGAUGAAGAUGAAGCACGCCAAAGAUAUGAGGCUCGUGCUGAAGAGCAGGGUCUGGACGAAAAGAAGAUGGCCAGCCCCAACUCAUCAAGCGACGAAGAUGAGCCGACGAUAAUAUCUUGGGAUGACGGCGACCCAGAGAACCCGUAUAACUGGUCACACACCAAAAAGUUCCUGAUCCUUUGCUUAACCAUGAUGCAAGUCAUCAACAGCACGAUGGGCUCAGCCCUCCCGUCCAACGCGAUCCCCUUCAUAACCGCCGAAUGGGGCAUCACAAAUGAGCAACAGCAGGUCUUGCCCAUCUCCGUCUUUCUCAUCGGCUACGUUUUCGGGCCCGUAGUCUGGGCACCUCUCAGCGAGCAUCUCGGCCGGAGAAUGUUGACCAUUAUAACCUUUGUCAUGUUCACCAUCUGGACCAUGGCCUGCGCCCUCGCGCCCAACUGGCCUGCAUUCCUCUUCUUCCGCUUGUUCACUGGCGUCUUCGCCAGCUCACCCAUCGCUAUCGUGGCCGGUAUCCUCGCAGAUAUCUACGGUGACACUGAGACCCGCGGCCGUGCCAUGACGGCCUUCAUGGUCACAACCACCUUCGGCCCUCUCUUCGCCCCCAUCGUUUCUGGUUUCUGCUCCACGACAAUAGGCUGGCGCUGGUCCUUCUGGGUGGCUCUCAUCUACGCCGGCCUGACCCUCAUCCCGAUCCUCCUUCUCCCCGAGACCUACGCGCCCGUCCUGCUCCUCCGACGAGCACGAAAGAUCCGCAAAUUAGACCCCUCCGCCGCCGUCAUUGCGCCCCGCGAGAUGGAGAGCACAGACUUCAAGCACAUCGCAACCGUCGUCCUCACCCGCCCCGUGCGCAUGAUUAUCUUCGAGCCCAUUGUCAGCUGCACGUGCGCCUACCUGGCCCUCGUCUAUACAAUUUUCUACAUGUCCUUCCAGGCCUUCCCCAUCAUCUUCCAGAAGCUCUACGGCCUCUCUCCUGGCGUGGCCGGGCUGGCCUACCUCCCCAUAGGCGCCGGCGCCCUGCUGGUGGUGCCCAUCUUCAUCGGCUGGGAACAGGGCCACCUCCGCGCGCAGCGCAGCGGUCGCGCGUGGGCGAAGCGCGAAGAGUUCCGCCGUCUCCCUCUAGCCUGCGUCGGCGGACCGCUGUUCUUCAUCUCUUUGUUCUGGCUGGGCUGGUCUUCCAGAGAGGGCGUCAGCUUCGUCGUGCCCAUGUUGGCGGGAAUCCCGUUCGGAAUGGGCUUCAUGCUCAUCUUCAUCGCGCUGCUCAACUACCUCACCGAUGCCUACGAGAUCUUUGCGGCCAGCGCCAAUGCGGCGGCCUCGACUAGUCGGUCUCUACUCGCUGUCGUGCUGCCGCUAGCGACGACGCGCAUGUUUAAUAAGCUCGGCAUUGCUGGUGCUUGUAGCUUGCUAGGUGGAUUUAGUGCUAUCAUGUGCAUCAUUCCCUUCAUCUUUAUCUGGAAGGGUGAGCAGAUUCGAGCGGGGUCACGGUUUUGUAUCGCGCUUAGGGAGAGGAAAGCUGAGAUGCAGAGAAAGGUCGAGGAGCAGAAACAAAGGGAGGAAGCGAGGAGGGUCAGGUUGAGGGACAGCUCUGGGGCCCGGAAAGAGGAGGUUUGA